UGACGUCACGCACUCACUCCGGAAAAGACCUGUCAGACGGCGGCUGCUAGCCGCGUGUUUUGGUGACGUAGCAAACAACAGAAUACACUUUUUAUAAAUGUAAUUAGAGCAUUUAUUCUCACGCACAGCGAUGAAGACUGUGUUUGUUACCGUGGGAACUACCAGCUUCGACCAGCUUAUCGAGGAAAUAACGUCCGCCCAUGCUGUCAAGGCUCUAAAAGACCGCGGAUAUGAGCAGUUGGUCCUUCAGGUUGGACGAGGGUCCUUCCUCCCAGACGCCCACACCUGUCCACACAUCUACCUGGAGGUGUUUGCCUUCAAAGACUCCAUUGCAGAGGACAUGGAGCAGGCAGACCUGGUCAUCAGCCACGCAGGUGCGGGAAGCUGCUUGGAGGCCCUGGGUGCGGGCAAAGCCUUGCUGGUGGUGGUCAAUGACAAGCUGAUGGACAACCACCAGCUGGAACUGGCCAGGCAGCUGCACCAGGACUCCCAUUUGCUCUACUGCACCUGCAGCACUCUGACGGAAACACUGCGGACCAUGGAUCUGUCCGUCCUUCAGCCCUUUGUGCCCGGUCAGCCAAAGAAGUUUGCGGACUUCAUGAAAAGAGCUCUAGGUCUCCAGUAAAGCUUCAUGUUGAUGAUUACCAGCGGAUGGCAGAGGGUGUGUCAGUCCAUUAGGCCUAAAAAUGAGCGAUCAUCCAUCUUCACCAAGACAGGACUUUGGUCACUUGUUUGACAUUCCCAGCACCCGAGGGCCGGCUGCUGCCAGAUCAUUAUUAAGAAAAAAUGACCGACAGAAAGGCGAGAAACACUUUUUAUUACAACAGACUCUCGCUCCGCCUUAGGACCGACUGACCCAUGUUCCUCUGCUGUCCACAUGGAACCCUUCUCCACAAGUUCUUGUUUGAAUAUCUGCUACUACCACCAAGAUCUGCACCCGUCUUACUGUCUAUAUCAACCAACACCUUUUCUGGGGUCUGACGGGCGUCGGCAUCGGGCGCCUCAACCCGGCGUUCGGUUCAUCCCGCAGAGCCGGUUCUGAUAACCAAAAAUGGCCCCACUUUUAUCUUGGCACAACCUAGAACAGGGGUCUCCAGCCUCGUUCAAGCCAGGCAGCAGUUCAGAAGAGAUGUGGGUGUGAAACUACUGGAUUUGACGGAACAAGCCUGAACUACUGCCUGGCUUAUUUUGCAAUGACUGAUUGUAAGGAUUGCAAGGCAUCCUCACUGCACCUGUGCCCGGGUUUUGAACUUGCAGUCAAAACUCUAAAGACCGACCACACAGUUCCUGUCUUCACAAUAAAUGCACUGCUUCUUUCUGCCGGCGUUAACACAAUAAGAGUCUCAGAAAGCUGGCGCACACAAGCGAGCAAGCCACAGAGUUUGCCGCCAUUGUAUAAUCAAGCUCCGGCCGAGUCAUACCAAAGACUAUAAAAAUGGGCGUCAGUACCUCCCUGCUUGGCACUCAGCAUCAAGGGUUGGAAUUGGAGAUUAAAUCACCAAAAAUUAUUCCCGGGCGUGGCCACUGCUGAUGCCCACUGCUCCCCUUACUUCCUAGGAGGUGAUCAAGGGUGAUGGGUCAAAUGCAGAGAAUAAUAGAAUAGAAUAGAAUAAAAAAGUUCUUUAUUGAUCCCUAGUGGAAAUUCAGCACCACAGUUUGCUCACAAUAGACAAUAAACACGUAGUUAUUUUUACAUGUGAAUAACAUAAAUACAGUCUAUUAUGCAUCAUUAUUCACAUGUGAAUAACAGUCUAUUAUACAGCAUUAUUCACAUGUGAAUAACAUAAAUACAGUCUAUUAUACAGUAUGAUUCAAAUGUGAAUAAUAUAGUCUAUUAUACAGCAUUAUUCACAUGUAAAUAACAUAAAUACAGUCUACUAUACAGUAUGAUUCACAUGUGAAUAACAGUCUAUUAUACAGCAUGAUUCACAUGUAAAUAACAUAAAUACAGUCUAUUAUACAGCAUUAUUCACAUGUGAAUAACAUAAAUACAGUCUAUUAUACAGCAUUAUUCACAUGUAAAUAAUAUACAGUGUAUCAUACAACAUUAUUCACAUGUGAAUAACAUAAAUACAGUCUAUUAUACAGCAUUAUUCACAUGUAAAUAACAUAAAUACAGUAUUGUACGGCAUUAUUCACAUGUGAAUAACUACGGUCUAUUAUACAGCAUUAUUCACAUGUGAAUAAUAUAAAUACAGUCUAUUAUACAGCAUCAUUCACAUGUAAAUAACAUAAAUACAGUAUUAUACGGCUAUCACAUGUUAAUAUAAAUACAGUCUAUUAUACAGCAUUAUUCACAUGUGAAUAACAUAAAUACAGUCUAUUAUGCAGCAUUAUUCACAUGUGAAUAACAGUCUAUUAUACAGCAUUAUUAAUAUGUAAAUAACAUAAAUACAGUCUAUUAUACAGUAUGAUUCACAUGUGAAUAACAGUCUAUUAUACAGUAUUAUUAACAUGUAAAUAACAUAAAUACAGUCUAUUAUACAUUAUGAUUCACAUGUGAAUACAGUCUAUUAUACAGCAUGAUUCACAUGUAAAUAACAUAAAUAUAGUUUAUUAUACGGAUAUCACAUGUUAAUAUAAAUACAGUCUAUUAUACAGCAUUAUUCACAUGUGAAUAACAGUCUAUUAUACAGCAUUAUUCACAUGUGAAUAACAGUCUAUUAUACAUCAUUAUUAACAUGUGAAUAACAUGAAUACAGUCUAUUAUUUCGCCACAACUUAACUUAAAAGGAGUAUGGAAGCUGGACAAACAAGAUGGCAAAAAUAAAGCACUCUAAUUGGUGUUGGGCAGAAAAGAGGACUUUUUUCCUCUAUUUGAAAAUGUGGAUGUUACUCUCUAAUUCCAAUCAAUGCAAGUCAUCAUAUUUAGGAAAUACAGUAACUUUUAUUAUUGUCUUCAUGAAAGAAAUGAAUGUUAAACAUGCUUUAAUUCUCAUUAAACACCUUUUGAACUUG